AUGCUAUGGUGUAUUUGCAAGCGAGAAGUUUUCUUCUUUUGUCCGAACCCAAAUAGAAUUCGGCCGGGUCAGUCAGCCAAACCGCCGUGUUUCUCUAUUUUAGACAGCGUCAAACACGUCCCCAGCUCUGUCUUCCCCCAAUUCACACAUCCCAAUGCAUAAUCCGCACACACAUAUAUACAUACACAUCAUCUACGUAUUUCUCGCAAUGUAAGUAAUUGAUUGUUGUAUCCCUGACCCGAAUUCACAUCCAAUCGGGUUAAAAUCAAGAAAUCAAUUCGCUAUAAUUAGGGUUAGGGUUUAGAAUUGUUUCAUAGUUUGUAGCUUAAUUGAGAUGACUGGGGGUGAUCGAAGCGCUAGGGACAUCAUUUGUGACGCUGGCGCCGGCGCUGCUGCUGGUGCUAUAGCUGCCACUAUUAUGUGCCCAUUAGAUGUGAUUAAGACAAGAUUGCAAGUCCAUGGCCUAACUGAAUUGGCCCAUACUGGUCGUAAAGGAGGUAUUAUUGUCACCGUCUUCCAAAACAUAAUACGAGCUGAGGGUGUGAAGGGAUUAUAUCGUGGGCUAUCACCAACAUUAGUUGCUCUUCUUCCAAAUUGGGCAGUGUACUUUGCAGUGUACGGGAACCUCAAAAGCCUACUCCAUUCACAUGACAGCAAUGGCCAGCUUACAUUCGGUGCAAAUAUUAUAGCUGCUGCAGGAGCUGGUGCAGCAACAGCGAUCGCAACAAAUCCUCUUUGGGUUGUCAAGACUAGGCUCCAGACACAGGGCAUGAGACCUGGCGUGGUUCCUUACAAAAGCACACUUUCUGCCUUGAGACAAAUUUUGCUUGAGGAAGGGAUUCGGGGAUGGUACAGUGGUCUUUUGCCUUCUCUUGUGGGGAUAAGCCAUGUGGCCAUCCAGUUUCCUGCAUAUGAAAAUAUAAAGUGCUAUUUGGCGAAAAAGGAUAAUACUAACGUCAGUGAGCUAAGUGCUGGUAAAGUUGCAAUUGCCUCUUCACUCGCCAAAAUAGGUGCUUCUGUUGUGACUUACCCGCAUGAGGUCAUACGGUCUAGACUUCAAGAACAAGGGCAGGUCAGGAAUUCAAAACCGCAAUAUGCUGGUGGCAUCGAUUGCCUGAAGCAGUUGCUCCAGAAGGAAGGAUUUUCUGGUUUAUAUCGUGGCUGCGGUACCAACUUGCUGAGAACAACUCCAUCUGCUGUUAUUACAUUCACGGCAUAUGAGAUGAUACAUCAAUUUCUAGACCGCGCACUACCUCCGGAUGAUAAGCAUUCAAAAGCCCACCCCAAGCCCGAUGAUAAUAUCAAUCCUAGCAAGCAAUCGAAAGGAAUGGGGGAAGGAAAUAAUUUCAAAUUGAGUAGAUCAGAAAUUACAUCUAACGAGCAAACUCCUUUAAUACCUUUGAGAAACACAGAUCAAAGAACAGCUGAACGUUAAUUGCCAAUUUCCCUUUUUUUUUUUCCCAUUUUUACUGAUUGUAAUGAGGAAUUUUUUUACAUGCGACAGUGAUGAUGAAUAAAGUAUUCACAAUUUCUCA